AUGGCUAACCACGGAGCGCUCUUCAACACCAUGGACGUCCGCGACUGGACCAAGCCCCAGCUCGAGAACUCGAAGGAGUUCACGAACAACUGGCCUGCGACCAACUUCCCGCUCGGGAUCAACUGGCUGGACUACGACAGGUCGUCGAACAUUCGCCUGAAGUCGUACAUCGACAACGUCAAGUUCGACGAAAAGAACCUUACGUUCUCGUCCAAGUGCCACCUCGACGCCUGGUACGACUCGAAGAUGUACUCGGCCGGAUGCACCUGGCUGGGACACUUCAACGACCGUGACUUCCAGUCCGGAUACGUAGACACCAAGCCGACCCAAGAGUACACGACCGUCGACGUGACGUUCAAGCACGAGUAUGCUUCGACCCCUAACAUCACCUGCUGGUUCACCGCGAUCGACCUGGACAAGGACAAGGACUGGCGUAUCGAUGUGUCCGCUAGCGACGUGACGAAGAAGGGCUGCAAGAUCAAGUUCCGGGUGUGGGGCAGCACCCACGCCUACUGGCUCAAGGCGUGCUGGAUCGCGCACCCAUCCGAUCGCUCGCACAUCGACUCCGGGUCGUUCAACACGAUGGACCAGCGUCCGUGGGACAAGCCGCAGCACGAGCACCAGAAGAGCGUGGCGUUCUCGAAGAAGUUCGGCCGACCGCCCCUAGUGUACUGCGCGCUCAGCCGGAUCGAUGAGACGAACAAGGGCAACCUGCGGCUGAAGACGUACAUCAAGGACGUGUCCCCCCAGGGCAUGAAGUGCCAUAUCGACUCGUGGCACGACACGGUGAUGUACUCGGCGGUGUGCCAGUGGAUCGCGUACCAGAAGUACUAA